AUGUUAUAAUAACAAGAUGGCUAAAAUUCGAGAAACACAACAGAGUGCUCUUGUAAAGAUUUAAGUUAAAUUCUAAAAAAUAUUGAUAAUAAUUAAGCUUUUGAAGUUAGAAAAAAACUUAUUCAUUUAUAUCUUAAUGAGAAUUAUCUAGACAGUAAACUUAAAUUCUCAGAAAACAUAUGCUCAACAUUUUAUUUCCUUGCUUAUUAAGUAGAAAUAAGUGAAUCUCCAAUGAAUGCACUUAUUUUACUCAUAGAAUAUGAAAUGAUACAUUAAAAGAAACUUUCUUUACACUAUUAAAUGAUUUUAGCUGACUUAAAAAUGAAAGCACAAAUUAGGUUUGAUAAUUAGCAAAAACUAAGAAAUAUUUUAAAAAGUAAUUUGCUUGAUGGAAUUAAAUAUGAUUUUUUACUUUAAAAUAUUGACUAAAACCUUUUUAAAUGUUUAAAUUAGCUCAAAUAUAUUAACAACUAUUUGAGCAAUGACUUUAUUGAUUUAUACAACCUUCAUUAAAAGAGUGCACGUCUUGUGCAUGAUAUUGAAGAACUUGAGAAAUAUUUUUUAUAUGUAUAUUAAAUUAAUCCAAAUAGCUCUUAGUUACAAUACUACUUAAAUGCCUACACUCAUAUUUUCGAUUUAAGAAUAUGCAAUAUACAGAAUAUUAUAAAAAGUUAAUAGCUAUUUAAUGUUAUGUAAUUUUCUGAACUAGACCUAAAUAUCUGUGAUUAAAGAAACUGUAUCUUAUUUGUUUCUCUUCUUUAAUAAAUUGGACAAGUUAAAUUAGUAACUAGGAAUUCAGAAAAAAUCAUAGGCAAGCCUCCAUCUGAAUUGGUACAUUAAAGCAUUAACUUAAUUAUUCCUUCUUUCAUAGCUAAGUUUCAUGACUAAAUAAUAAAAAAUGUUAUAAAAAAUGGCUUUCUAUUAGGCUCAAAAGAUGCAAAUUUUAAAGAAUAAAAUCGUUACUAAUUUUUUGCAAAGGAUAGCAAAAACUACAUAUUUCCUAUUGUACUUUAAUUAAAGCUUUAAAUUUUUGGAAAAUGCAAGGAUUUUGGAGUAUCUGCCAUCAUAUAAAGAGUAAAUAAUUAAUCUAAUUAAUACAUCCUUAUUGAUUAAAAAUACUCUUUGAGAGGCAAAACAUUCACGAUACAAAAUAUAACAAAAACACUUUACAAAAUAUGCUUCAAAUAGGUAUUAGGCGAUAACUAAAGUAAGUUAUAAGGUUUAGACAUUAAUAAGCUAAUACCACUAAUGGAAGUUUUAAACUAAGAAGACAAAGAUCGAAAUAAAAUAGGGACAAUUAUGCUUUAUCCAAAAACUGCAAAUCACUGUAAUAUAUUUAAAAAAAACAACAAAAUGCUAAAGAAUGGCAAAGAUAUAGGAUGGUUUUUUAUGUUUGCUUUAGCUUCUAAUUGUGGUAUACUAGAUAUCGACAUAAAUUUGAAGAUCCGCAAAACAUAAAUUGGAGAAAUUUAUAAAGAAAUAGAAAUAACAAGGAUAAAAAAAAUAUACAAACCAGGAGAAAGAUUAACAAGUAUGUCAACUUUAAAACAAUAACUAAGUUCAAAAAUGGGUGUAUCUAUUUUUAUUGGAGGGGCAUAACUAAAAAAAACUUUUGAGAUUAUUGAGCAGGGCGAAUAAGGGCAACACAGUCAGUCAUCGUUUAGAAAAUUUUAAAGGCUUGCAAAAGAAACAAAACUUAUGGACAGUAAAGAAGGCUCUUAGUAAAAUUUCAUUGUAAAUAAAUCUCUGUUACCAAACAAAACGAAAAUACAUGAAGAUGAAUAUCAAACUACAAGCAGCGAUGAAAAAUUUGAAAUUGAAGACCCUAUUUAAUUUUUAAUGAAGUCUAAUCCAUCUAUUAAAGAUGCAUAAACGUUUAACAGUAGCUCAAGGUUAUCUUUUCAAAAUAAUAAAAAAGUAGAAUUUUAUUUAGAUAAAGAAAAAAGAAAUUCAAAUUAAUAUUAAAAAAACGAUUAAAGUUAAUAAUAUGAUAAAAAAGUCAGUUUAAAUAGUCAUUAAAAUCAAUUUAGCCUAAAUAAAUUCGAAACAGCAAAUUCAUAAAAAAGUGAUAAAUUUUAAUCAAAAGAUUAAAUUUAAGAAAUAGAUAGUAAGGAAUCUUUUGAUGAAUAAGUAUCAAUUAAAAGCUAAAAACCAGCAGAUAUGAGAAAAACCUUAAUAAAUAAUUCACUAAGGCUCAUAUAAUAGUUUAGUUGUUUAGAUAACUAAGAAUAGUAGUUAUCGAAUUUUCAUUAAGAGAAUUUCAAAGAAUCAGAUCAACAAAGUGAGACAUUUAGAAAAAAUCAAUCGUUUAAUUAUUGUUCUCAUUCUUUUAUUGCUAAUUCAAAAAGACACACACAUCACGAUUUAGAGUUAGAAGAGCAAAUAAAUUCUUUAAGCUUAAAAAAAUAAAUUUCUAAUGCUACCUAGGAAAAUUUAUAAUAGUUAAACUAAAUUAAUGAUGAAGUUGAUGUUUAACCUUUAAAUUUAAAUAAUAAAAAAUUUAAUCAAUAAUAAGAAAACUCAAGCAAACAAAAAUAAAACUAGGAAACACUUUAGGAAAUUAAAUAACCUACCGUAACAGUCAUAAAUGAUGAUUUUUAGGUUAUAGAGUCAACUAAAUUUUAGUCUAGGGGGGAAUUAGAUCGGAUUUAAACAUUUAAUCCUGAAAAUAAUUCGAAAUUAAACAACAAUUAAAACUAAUUCAUUUAGGACUCUGAUAGGAUUCUUACAUUUUAAACUAGAGCUGAUGAUGAAAAAUAAAAAUCAAAGUCCAUGAAAUAAUUAAAUAAAUAAGAAAUAUAAAUUGACAAAAAUAAAUCUAAUAAAAUGAAUAGUGUUUCUAUAUAAAAUACUGAAUAAAAUUAAGACAAAUAAAGGGUAACGAAUUCAUCUUUAAGUUCAAUACAAAAAAUUUAACUUAAUUCUGACAAUAAAAAUGUUUUAUAAUAAGCGAAUUAUACUGAAGAGUUAAGCUCUCCAUUUAAAAAUAACUAAGUUUAAGAAUAUUCUGAAAGAAUUAUGUCUUAUUAAACUGUAAGUGACAAUUAAACUUAAAUAUCAGGUCAUUAAAUAGAUAAAAAUAUUUCAGAAAUCGGUUCUUAGUUUAAAAUUCAAUAAAAUAAAUUUAAUUCAAAUAGAAAUAUCAGUGAGCUAAAUAAUGAGAUUUAAAAUAUUGAAUUUAAUAAAAAAGAUAGUAACUUUAUUGAAAAAGAACAAAUAGAACACAAUUAAAAUAAAGAUACUUUACAUAAAUUGUAAAGUUCAAACAGUGAUGAUGAUGAUUCGUCUAGCUAAGAAAGUAUUUCUAAUGAAGAAUAAUAAGCUGAAUUUAGAGAAGAUAGUAUUAUAUAAACUUUCAAUGUUUUAGAUUACAUUUAAUAUAAAGAGGGUCUUUAAAACAAAAACCAAAAUUUAAAUAUUUUUUAAAACAUUUCAGCUUUAGAAAAAAAUAUUCAAAAUUAAAGUUAAGAAAAUUUAAAUCAUUAGUAAUCUGAAGCUUAAAAAUAAGAAUAAAUCAAAAGUAGUGAACAAAUUUAAUCUAAUUCUAAAAUGUCAGUAAAAACUGAGAGCAAUAAAACUUUAAAUAAAGAGGAAUAUGCUUAAGAGUAGCACAAAAUAUAAUAAGACUAUGAAAAAGAAUAAGCUAAUAAUAGUAAACAACCUUCAAUCAGUAGCUUUAAAUAGAUUCAAUAAAAAAAAAGAUCCUUUAAAUCAAUUUAAACAUUUAAUCCUGAUAUUGAUAAUGAGAGAGAUAAAAGUGAAAGCCACUUAAUAAAUGACAUUUAAUCUGAGAUAUAAUAUCAUAAAACAAUAGAUUAGUUUAAAACGUAUGAUGCAAUUGAUUCUUAAUAUAUAAAAAGCAACACAAGAAAAUUAUCAAGUGACACUUAAUCUAACUUUUAGUUUAAUUAAAAUCAGCAAAAUAACCGUUUCUCUUUAUUGAGUUAAAAUGUUUAAAAUCAUGAAAAGAUAAUUAAAUUAUAACAAGUAUAAAUGGAAUAAAUUGAUAAAAUUGAAGAAAUUUAAAUAUAAAGUGAAUAAUUAGAUAAAUCUAAUUAAAUAAGCUCUGAAAAUAACAUUACUUAAUAAUCAAAUGAGAUAUCGAAUAAUAAACUUGAUAACUCUGAAAAUUUAGAUGACCAUUACGAUGAAAAAGAAAAUUAAGAAAUUGAAGAAGAGCUAAAUGAACAUGUUAAAACUUUUUACCAAGAAAACUCAUACCAUGAAGCUGGAUCAUAAACAGACACAUUUAAAGAAAAGGACAAUGAUUUAAAAAGCUCUAAAGUAUCUUAGAAGAAAUUUAUAACCAAAGAGCAAGAUAAAAUUCGAAAGCAAUCUAUAAGAAUGCUAUUUUAAGUACAAAAAAAGAAUUACGUCCUUCCAAAAAAAAAUAUGGAUAUUACAAACCCAGAUUUAAAUACUGAAGACGCUAAAUCUUAUGACUAAGAUAGUGCUUAGAUUGAUGUAAACGAGGUAUCUCAUGAAAACUUAGACGAAGAUAUUAACAAAAAUGUGAGAAUAUUAAGUAAUAUAAAUAGCUAAGAAAACAAUAACGAUCUAGAAAAUAGAAGAAGAAGCUUACUGCAUGAGCAUGAAGAUAAUUUUUUAAAUUAAGGGUUAGAUACCUAUAAUAGAAAAUAAAAUAAAAUUUCAAAAUUUAUAUUUUAAAAAAAUAUAACUGUUUCUUAAAAUAUAAGUAAAAUCGGCUACUUAGCUUUUUUUCUCCUUUUUUUCUUCACUCUAUUUGUAUUCUUUUCUCUUUUAGUACAGCAAUAGUCUAUUUAAGAUAUCAUACCAUACUUGAGCUUUGGUCCAAAUAUAUUGUAUGAGCUAAGCUAAGUAAUUAUGUUAAAAGAAUUCCAAUACCUAAGCUAGUAUAUGAAUCCAAGCAAUUAACAAAUAUAUGAUUAGAACACUUUAACAAACAGGACUUAGACAUAACUUAAUUAAUUUAGAGAAACACUUAAUAACGCAGAAAUAAUUUAAUCAUAAAAUUUACCAAGUCAGUCAAUACUAAAUUUAAAAAUCGACUAUUUUGAUGAAAUAUCAUAAGAAACCCCUUAGUCAGGAAAUAUUAUCUCAGUUUUUGAACACUUGUAUUUAAUUUUAUGGUAGUAUACUAAUUAAAUAAACGGAUUAGAACCUUUAAAAAUAACUCAUCUUAAUUCUUAGUUACUUUUGAACAACACCUAGCAAAUUACUAAUUAUUUUUAUAAUUGGACUCUCUCUUAGUUGGAUUAAACAAAUAUUUAUCUCUAAAUUGGAACAUACUCAAUUAUGGCGAUAUCUGGUUUAAUCAUUUUUGUGAUAGUACCUAUAUACGCUAGAUUGUAGCUUUUAAAAGAAAAAAUUAUGUAAUAAUUUGCUACGUUUUCAUGUGAAUUAAUAAAUAAAAGAAAUAUGCAAAUCGAUGAGAUGCUAAUAGUUUUGAGAAAAGUAAGUUGA